ACCUCCGCUCCCACCACCGGCUAAAAUCAUACAUAUGAUUACGGGAGGCCUUGAAGCAGGAGGACUGAGCUCUAAACAGCGAAAGCUGUAUGUCAGAGAGGUUAAGCAUCAGAACCGAGCUCAGAAGCGGAAGAUUGACGAUGCUGAAUGGAAGAAUCAACCCAUUAUUUUUACAUCUGCCGACCUCGCCACAGUUGUUACACCCCAUAAUGAUCCUCUGGUCACUUCUGUCAUGAUUAAUAACUGUGAAGUACAACGUGUCGUUGUUGACACCGGGAGUGCACCAGACAUCAUGUAUUUUCACUGUUUCGAGAGUUUGGGACUGGAUCCAGCAUUGUUGCAAAAGUAUGAUGGUCCCAUCUAUGGUUUCAACAACCAACCUGUUCCGGUAGAAGGAGUUCUUACCCUCCAUGUGGCUUUUGGAAGUGGUCGGACCUAUGUCGCCCCUUUAGUCCGGUUCCUUGUCGUCAAGAUGGCCUCUUCUUUUAAUAUUGUUAUUGGCCGACCCACAUUGACCGAAAUUCGAGCUGUGGUUUCCCAAUCUCACCUCUGCAUGAAGUUCCCCACUCCUAUGGGAAUAGCAACAUUGCGAGGAAAUCAGGAGGUGGCCAGACACUGUUAUAUCACCUCGGUAACACAACCAACGAAGGGCAAAGAUAAGACACCCGAGGUCAUUCCCCAGCAGAUUCCUGAUAAUCAGCAGGUAAUGGGUGUAGAGAUCAUUGACAAUCGACCGGAUGAUGAAACCAGAGCUGCUCCGGUUGAAGAUGUUGAAGAAGUGCUCGUUGAUGACAGAGAUCCGAGCCGAAAAACGCAGAUCGGAACUAGAUUGAACCCGGAAGAGAGAGCAGAACUGAUAGCUUUUCUCCGAGCUAACAAUGAUGUAUUUGCAUGGACUUCGGCGGAUAUGCCAGGAAUUCCAACUUCAAGGCUUCAAGCUGUCAAAGAAGAGGUGGAAAAGCUCCUACAGGCUGGUUUUGUCAGGAAAGUUGAUUACUGCGAAUGGGGCAAAUGGCGAAUGUGUAUCGAUUAUACAAAUCUUAACAACGCCUGCCCCAAGGAUUGCUAUCCGAUGUCGAGCAUUGACAAAUUAGUUGAAGCGGCUUCAAGCAACGAGAGGUUAAGCCUCUUGGAUGCAUAUUCUGGGUAUCACCAGGUGCCGAUGGCUCCCGAAGACGAAGAGAAGACCUCGUUCUAUGCUGGCGACGAGAUUUAUUGUUAUGUCAUGAUGCCGUUCGGUUUAAAGAACGCAGGUGCUACUUAUCAGAAAAUGGUGACCAUAGUCUUCCGAGCUCAGAUUGGCAAGAAUCUGGAGGUGUAUGUGGAUGACAUUGUGCCAAAUGUAUCUUCGGAGUGGAGUCUGGAAAGUUUCUAGGUUUCAUGGUGUCCCGAAGAGGGAUCGAGGUCAAUCCAGAGAAGAUCAGAGCAAUUGCCGAGAUGGAACCACC